AGACCCUGUCCCAUCGUCCCAUCUGGAGAACAUCCCCCAUCCCUUCUUCUUGGCCAGAGGUCGCCUUGAACGUUCCCAAUACCUACCAUUACUUGAUGCUGCUGACCAAGUCAGGAUGGAUUUAAACUCAGGGCUGCCGCCAGGCGUUGCACCUUACUACGAAAACCGUGGCUACCAGCCCGAAAGCCUGUACCCGCCGCGGCGGCCGGCGGCCGGCGCCUACUCGGUGUAUCCAGCUCCCUACUACCCGCCCUCGGUGCCCCAGUACACCCCGAGGGUUCUGACGCACACCUCGACGCCCGGCGUCCUCACGCGGCCCAAGUCCCCGUCCAGGACACUGUGCACCUCAAAGACAAAGAAAGCGCUGUGCGUCACCUUCGCCCUGGUGAUUGUCCUCGCCGGAGGGGUGGUGGCCGCGCUCCUGCUUUGGAAGUUCACGGAGAACAAGUGCAACGUGUCGGGGAUGGAGUGCGGCUCCUCGGGGACCUGCGUCAGUGCCUCUCUCUGGUGCGACGGGAUCCUGCACUGUCCCAGGGGGGAGGACGAGAACCAGUGUGUUCGUCUCUACGGACCUAACUUCAUCCUUCAGGUGUACUCACCCCAGAGGAAGUCCUGGUACCCCGUGUGCCGGGAUGGCUGGAGUGAGAGCUACGGGAAGGCAGCGUGCCAGGACAUGGGCUACGGGAAUAGUUUUUAUUCUAGCCAAGGGAUAGUGGAUGACAGCGGGGCCACCAGCUUUAUGAAGCUGAACGUAAGUGCCGGCAACACCGACCUCUACAAAAAGCUCUACCACAGUGAUGCCUGUUCUUCAAAAACAGUGGUUUCUUUACGCUGUAUAGAGUGCGGGAUCAACACGAAGAUGGGCCGCCAGAGUCGGAUCGUGGGCGGGAUGAAUGCCGCCCUGGGAGACUGGCCCUGGCAGGUCAGCUUGCACGUCCAGGGCGUCCACGUCUGCGGGGGCUCCAUUAUCACCCCCGAGUGGAUCGUCACAGCCGCCCACUGCGUGGAAGAACCCCUGAACAAUCCGCGGUACUGGACGGCCUUUGCAGGAAUUUUGAGACAGUCUGUCAUGUUCUUUGGAAAAGGGUACCGAGUGGAAAAGGUGAUUUCUCAUCCCCAUUAUGAUUCCAAGUCCAAGAACAAUGACAUCGCUCUCAUGAAGCUACAGACACCUCUGACUUUUAACGACAAAGUGAAACCUGUGUGUCUGCCCAACCCAGGCAUGAGGCUGGAGCCUAAACAGCCCUGCUGGAUUUCCGGGUGGGGGGCCACCUACGAGAAAGGGAAGACGUCGGACGUGCUGAACGCGGCGAUGGUGCCCCUCAUCGAGCCCGCGCAGUGCAACAGCAGAUUCGUCUACAACCACCUGAUCACACCCGCCAUGAUCUGCGCCGGGUACCUGGGAGGGAGCGUCGAUUCCUGCCAGGGUGACAGUGGUGGUCCUCUGGUCACUUUGAAGAGCAGCGUCUGGUGGCUGAUUGGGGACACGAGCUGGGGGUCUGGCUGCGCCAAGGCUAACCGGCCAGGAGUGUACGGGAAUGUGACAGUGUUUACAGACUGGAUCCACCGACAGAUGAAGGCAAACAGCUAACCUGUCCGGCCUUGUCCUUGACGCCGUUCAACAAGAAAGUGAAGGGGCUGAUUUUUACUUCCCUGUGCAUAAUGUAUUUUUAGAAAUGAUUCAGAGGUCCUGUCAUUUUUAUUAAAUAGUGAACUUGUCUGUCUUUGGCACUCUCCACAGUUCUGUGCAGGCCACGGUGGCUCCUCCCCGGGCCCAGCCAGCUCCGGCCAAGCUGGUUGUGGGUGCCUAGGGCCAACACAGGGCAGAGGGAUGGAGUCUGCCCGCUGGCAUCUUCCUUCUGAGCCCACCCAGGGCAUGCCCAUGGGGCUAGUGACCUCUCAGCUGCUGGAUGGCUUGAGAUGGAAAGGGAGAAAGCCCGGUGGGAUGUGCAGGGGCCACCCUCCGGGGCCACUGCUAGGGAAGGCCACUUGGGGUAGCCCCAGGGCCUGUCUCCCCACAAGAGUUUCCAUGGAUCGUUUUAAACUGACUUCUUAGCAGCCCCGGAUGGUGGCUGGAAAUAAAGGGACCCUCCCUUCAUGGGCGAUGAUUUGAUAGUCACUUGAAAGGCCAUAGAAACCUUUUUUUCUUCUUGUGGGUGAGAGUGUAGACGGAGCCCUUGGAGCAAGGGCAGCCAUUGCAGCUUGGCGGGCGCCACCGCACGCUGAGCGGGGCUCCGCCCAGGGAGACCAACCUUUGCCCUGCCCUCCUCCCUGGCCCCCCUCCCAGCCUCCCUGGAGAUGUGCGCACCGCAUGGUCCUCACAGCGGGCCAUGCGUGCCCCCACGGCGAGCCCCUGUGGCCUGCUAAUCAGAGGAAAUUGAGGUUACCUGGGGAAUCAGGGAUGUGUGAUUCAGCGCUGUUUGCAUGCACCGUUUCCACGUGUUACUACCUCAGUGCUCAUGGAAUUGUGGCUGUGAUGCCUCAAAGUCGUUGCUCCAUUUCCUUCUCUGAAACUGUUGUCCUCGCCAAGGAUGAGCAGUGGCCAAUGUGAGCUGCUUUGACCAGUGACUGGCUCCCAAUUUCACCUUCUGUAAAUGAGUUUGCUGAAGAACGGCACCCCUCUUGGUGCAUUUUGGACUCCGCGGGGCCCCUUCCGGCCCCCUAGGUGUCCCCUGGAGGGAAGGCCAUGCUGGAUCUGCCGUGACUGCUUCCCCCGAGUGUCUGCCUCCUGUCCGGCACACUGGUUUCCAAGAAUGAGAUGAUCCUGCUGCCAGGACUUAACCUUGGAG